CAACACAACUGUCUACGCGAAAUUACCUGCAACAGUCCAGUCAGUGCAGGCCGGCAGACGUUGCGGCCUAAAAUUCUACUUCAUAGAUUUUUUCAAAAUUUAUCAAAGUGAAGUUCUCGAGGCAACGGUUUCCGACAAUUUUGCAUUACGGAAAUAUCGGUGCAGAUAAGAGUAUCUACUAGGUGCCCCACGGGGCCUCGGAUAAACUCCACUUUAUGAAAUACUUUUGCAGGGCCAUUGACUGAUGAAAUAUGGAACAAUUCGAGCAACUACUGACCUGUGCGAUUUGCCUGGAUCGUUACCGAAACCCGAAACUUCUUCCGUGCCAGCACAGUUUUUGCAUGGAACCCUGUCUUGAAGGUCUAGUCGACUACGUGAGACGGCAGGUGAAAUGCCCGGAAUGCCGUGCGGAACACAGAAUACCUUACCAAGGGGUUCAGGGUUUUCCCACCAACGUGACUCUCCAAAGAUUUCUGGAACUUCACAUCGAAAUAACCGGCGAACUACCAGAUCCCAACGCGGGACAAGUAAUGGAACGGUGUAAUGUGUGUUCCGAAAAAGCUUACUGCAGUUUCUGCUAUCACUGCGACAAGAAAAUAUGUGAAGAAUGUAAAGGAGCGCACAUGGAAAUCCUACGUCGCGAAAUUUCGAGAAUAAACAAUCAAAUUAGAAGAGGGAUUCAUCGCCUUCAAGACACUCUCUCGUUGGUGGAAAAAAACGCACAAAACAUACAAACCAAUUGUUUAUCGGUUGGCGAAGAAGUGGAAGAAAUUUACAGAAGAUUAAACAAGGCACUCAAAGAUCGAACUGAAUAUUUGCGUGGCGAAAUCGACCGCUAUUUAGGAACAGAACUGCGAACGCUGACUAGCUUAAAGUCGAAUCUGGAACUGGAAAUUUCCAACAUUUUAAGCAACUGCGACUUAGCUGACAAACACAUGAACGAAAACGUUGAUCUAUGGGACGACUGCGAACUAAUGGACGCGAAAGAAAUUUUCUUGAAAACGGUUGAGUUCAUACGCAAUUUUGAAUAUGAAAACACAGAUUACAGCAGAAAAAUUAGAUUAGUACUCGCGCAUGAUCCUAACCAGUUAGUUUUACACGUGGCUGGAUAUGGGGACCUAAAUAUCGCUUCCAACCCCUUUGGCCAAACUAGUGGGCUUUUGCAGCCUCCCGGUCCGGGUCUGAUGAGGUCAAAGAGCGAUCACAGAUUAGCGUUCCGCCAGCAGGAAUCUGGAAGCUACGAUAGAGGUUAUGGCGAACAAGAGCAAGAUUCUGUCCUCGGAGGAAGAAAAUUUGGAGAACGCACUCAAAAGCCUGGAACUAGUGACAGAUACAGCGCCGAUAGAUAUGGCAGAACGGGGGCUGAUUACGAAGAAGAUCACGAAAACCGCCCAGCUAGAUCGAAAUACAGCAGGUAUAGGCGUCGCGCUGCCACAGCAGCAGAUGACGAAUCUGACAACGAGCAAAAUAAAGGAGUCAGAUUUCACGAACAAAAAAAAGAGGAAAGGGAACGAACGCUGGACACUGAAGAUGUUGCACGUGGUCCUCUAAGUGGAAUUACCAGACUAGCAGAUUCUCCAAGGGUAAUGAAAAAACUACAGGAGAGUGCAAGUGGAAAGAAAAAAGAGAAAGAUACCCCACAACCGCCUACACCUACCCCGCCUCAGUCAAAGGUAGUUCCCAAAAGACCUCCUCCGACUACUAGACAAGUGAGCGAGGAAGAUGAGAUAUCCAAAAUAAAAAAGCAAAAUAAAGGGGCAACUACAUCAACCGAAACUGCUACUGAAACCAGAGCAGCUGAAAGGACGGAAGAAAGACAUGGCACUCAAAGGAAAACCCCUGCCCCCGAGGCACCGUCAAGCGCUGAAGAAUCUGAAGAAUCUCUACCAGCGCUACAGACACAAAGAAAAACAACUCCAUCUAAAGUAACGGCGCCAACUUCUGUUACAAGGAGGCUGUCGGAAACGCCGCAUAAGAAAAGCGCACGAUCCGCCAGUAGCGAUUCGAGCUCCUCAGCCGAAUCCGCCUCUUCUGGCGCAAUUCGAAAUACUGGAGCCCCAUUUACCACUGAAGAGGUAAAACAAAAAUAUUUGUCGCGUAGCAACGAGCCUCCCGAAACGCGAAGUAGAACCUCGUCAGCUACUAAAGACUCACCAAAACCUUUCCAGAGUCGUUUUUUAAACAAACCGGCCACGGUUGCGCCUCCGCCAGCUAAAGAUGACGACGAAACGGAAACCACUUCAGAAGAGGAAACUGAAUCCGAAGAGGAGUCGGACGAACCUGCAAGUAAGAAAUCGGACGAAAAAAUGGCCAAAAGCGAUAUUGGUCCUUUGUUAGCGCGCAGUGCUAAUGCUAGAGAUUCUAGCUCUAGCAAAACAAACAGGGACGAAUCUCCUUUAAGUAGAUCAAAAUAUUCAGCGUCAGAUGAACAAACAAAUAGAUAUGGAGGAAGGAGACGAACAACAACCGCCCACGAGGAAGAACCUUCACGCUACGGUUACACUAGUCGCUUCCUAAACAAAAGCAAAAGCUCGGCGGCAAUUGCGCAAGACGAAGACGACUACAAUCCGAAAUACGGUUCCUCUGCGAACAACGAUGAAGAAAGUAAAUAUCCGAGCGGGCGGUCGAGGUAUAUGGCAUUGAAAGAAAGGCGUCAGCGACUAGCGAGGAGUCGUAGCAGUCAACAAUUCGGCGACGAGGAGGAAGUCGAUGAUCCGAUUUCCCCUACGACGUCUAAUCCGUCAGCCUAUUUGGCUUCGCGAGGUUACGGCACUUCAGCAUCAGCACAUGAUCUUGCAAGGAGCCGUUCCUCUCAUACACUAAAAUCCAGAGAUAAUUCGCCCGAUAGAGCUGCAGCGCCCACCGAAAAGGACGGGGCGGCUCUAAGCUCAUGGGCGCGAUAUUUGAAAAACAAAUACGGCAACAGAAGCGGAACGAAAGACAAAGAGAAUAACGUAAGCGCUAGUUCGCCACCGUCGAGCAGCUCGUCGGCAACAGCCAGGAGACUGUCUCUAGGUCUUCCUCUUAGAUCGUCUGCAGAAUUGGCAAGCUCUGACGACGACCAAAAAAACAUGCAAGGCUCCCCCACUACCCCUACAGCAGCUACGGCAGCGGCCGAUAUCGCAGCGGCGGCAGCAGGUACCUCCCCUAGGAGUCAGUACUUGCAAAAAUGCCAGCAGCUAUUUCAAAUAGGUAGUCGGGGGAGCGAAGCCGGAUGUUUUACAUGGCCGAGAGGCGUGGCCGUCGGCCCAGAUAACAGCAUCAUUGUAGCUGAUUCUUCCAACCAUAGAGUGCAAGUUUUCGAUUCCCGCGGACGUUUUCUAAAAGAGUUCGGCCAGUACGGUAACGGAGAAGGUGAAUUUGAUUGUCUCGCAGGUGUUGCCGUUAAUCGCAUUGGACAGUAUAUCAUCGCUGACAGAUACAAUCAUAGAAUCCAGGUAUUCGACCCUUCUGGAAGAUUUCUAAGGGCUUUUGGUAGCCAAGGUACCGCGGACGGACGUUUCAAUUAUCCCUGGGGAAUUGCCACGGAUGCUUUAGGUUUCAUCUAUGUUUGCGACAAGGAAAACCAUAGAAUACAAGUUUUCCAAUCAGAUGGUACAUUUGUGGGGAAAUUUGGCUCGAUGGGAAGCAAGAAAGGACAGCUCGAACAUCCCCAUUAUAUAGCAGUAUCCAACACCAACCGUGUUAUAGUUUCCGAUUCGAACAAUCAUCGCAUACAAAUAUUCGACGUUAAUGGCAAAGUGUUAUCUUCCUUUGGCUCGGAGGGUUCGGAAGGAGGACAAUUUAAAUUUCCAAGAGGUGUAGCAGUCGAUGAUCAAGGUUACAUAUGCGUGGCUGAUUCGGGAAACAACAGAAUUCAAAUCUUCCACCCUGACGGCACCUUCCUUCGAGCUAUUGGAUGUUGGGGAUCACAGAAAGGCGAAUUCAAAGGUUUGGAAGGUGUUGCGAUGACACCGGAUGGGCACAUUCUAGUGUGUGAUCGAGAGAAUCACCGAAUUCAAGUGUUUUGAGAAUUUAAUUGUUUGACCAUUUGAUGUUCUUUUUGAAAUACACCCCUGUUAACUCAAUAAUCAAUAAACGUAUUGCAUUUCCUUA